GCAUCGCACAGCUUCUCGUCUGCGUUUGCUGCUCCAAACUGUCUUACCAAGCUCCAGGAGAUCUGGCAAUUUGCUCUCGUCUAACGGUUAUGGACAGCGCUAAGGACAUGCUGAUGCGCGCCGAGGGUGGUCAGGUUGGCACACUGUCUUCCAAAACUGGCUCUAAUUCGACGGAGGCUACUGGAGACCCCAUGCGCAAUCUACCGGACAAACCAAUGAACCAGAACAGCCUAAACCCCGUGCCUUCUUCGCAAAACCUAGUGUAUGACGCGACAAUGGGACAACGUAGCGGAAAGUACGGAGAUGUGUCACUUGCUAGCAAGCCCUCCGCGCCGGAUAGAGAUUUGUCAGACAUCCCUAACAAAGAUGCCAGCAGCUCAGAUGCGGAAUCAGACCUCUAUGAGGAAAUAGAUGUCAGUUGUACCCCAGAGAGCAUGGAUUACCCGAGUGGACAAGGACUGGCAAUGGGCGGUAAAGAAGUCGGUGUGGACAAUAAGAUGGACUCAGGCCCCGGUGCUCUCAACUAUGGUUCUGACCAGAUGCGAAGGUAUCGAACAGCAUUCACGAGGGAGCAGGUAGCACGACUGGAGAAAGAGUUUUACCGGGAAAAUUACGUGUCCAGGCCACGUAGGUGCGAGUUGGCAGCUGCCUUAAAUUUACCGGAAACAACAAUAAAGGUUUGGUUUCAGAACCGUCGCAUGAAGGACAAGAGACAGCGGUUGGCUAUGACUUGGCCGCAUCCUGCCGACCCCGCCUUUUACACCUAUAUGAUGAGCCAUGCUGCAGCUACCGGCAGCCUGCCCUAUCCGUUUCAAUCUCACCUUCCUCUACCAUACUACUCUCCACUCAGCGGUGUGACUGCAGGUUCAGCCUCUGCCACCGGGGGUCCAUUCUCCAAUCCUCUGCGCUCGCUGGACAGUUUUCGGGUGCUUUCGCAUCCAUACCCGCGUCCUGAGCUGCUGUGCGCCUUCAGACACCCAUCACUGUACCCCAGCCCGGGUCAUGGGCUUGGUCCCGGGGGAAGCCCAUGCUCUUGCCUUGCCUGUCACGCUGCCAGUCAGUCAAACGGGCUCCCACAUAGGUCCAGCAACGCAGACUUCUCGUGUUCGCCCACGACCAGGACUGAGGCCUUCCUCACGUUCUCGCCAGCAGUCAUCAGCAAAUCAUCUUCAGUGUCUUUGGACCAGAGGGAGGAAGUGCCACUAACAAGAUAAGACGACAGCAGGAGGCUAUAGUUUCUUCGGGUACUAUCCGGAUCAGCUUUGGGCACAUUGACAGUAUUUAAUAAGUCAUCGCAUGAACUACUUAAAGCAGCUUGCACACAACAGCAAUCUGCUUUAGUCAAGUUUCGAAACUGGAUGUUUUCCAGUUAUGAAGCUAUAUGUUGUGCAGACGAGAGUCUACUUAUACACUGUCAGGCCACGGACUUUUAAAUAAUCUUUGGAGAAAUUAGAUAUUGAUAACAGAGAUAUCAUAUUAACUCAAAUACAUUUUAAGUACUACACCCUAUAAACAAAAAUGUGAUAGGAGACAAGGAAAUGUAUU